AUGCCAUCAGGGUGUUCACUCCAGGCUGACAACAGUUUCGGUCCUGUAAUAGAUCGUGAGUGCCGUGAUGGCUUUGAUUUCACGCUAUUGUUCGAACAAGGUAUACUUGGCCUCGUUCCUGCGGCCGCCUUUCUCCUCCUAUGUCCAGUUCGAUUGCAAAUGCUGGUUAAGAGAGAUGUGCGGACACAGCCUCACGUAAUGAGAUUCGCAAAGACUAUAACUGCCGUGGUUUUUGCCGCAAUUCAACUUGCCCUGCUCGUCAGUUGGGCAAAGGAAAUUCAGCCUUAUACAAAGCUCUCAGUAGCAUUAAGCGCAGUCAAUUUAGCGGUGGCAAUGGAAAUUGUGAUCUUAUCGUGGGUGGAAGAUGAGCGGUCGGUUAGGCCGUCAUCGCUUCUCGCUAUCUACCUUCUCCUCACAUUACUUUUCGAUGUUGUCCAGACGAGAACUUUAUGGUUAUCCCGUGGAAAUUUCCUGGUUUCUAGUCUUUUUACCGCAAGCGUCGCUGUAAAAGCCGCAAUGGUGCUUCUCGAGAGCCUAGGAAAGCAGAAAUAUCUCAUUGGUUCCUAUCACGACCUCCCACCAGAGUCGACAAGUGGAAUUCUCAAUCGUUCGUUCAUGUGGUGGCUGAAUCGUCUAUUUCUCGUGGGUUUUCGAUCUGUGCUUACUACCGAGGACCUUGAUCGUCUCGACAAGCCCUUGGAGUCCGCGAGAACAGCGCGGGAGGCAUCGAAAGCCUGGGCCCUCCGCCGGCAUCCCGAGCGCCGCUUUGAAUUCCCAUGGCAAAUGGGCCGAGCUUUCAAGGUUCCACUUGCUCUCACAGUACUUCCACGCUUAUUUUUGAUCGGGUUUACCUUCUCACAGCCCUUCUUGAUCACCUCUAUUCUCAACUGGCUUGGUAACUCUCAUAGCACAAGCAACGACGGCUAUGGCCUCAUCGGCGCCACAGUCCUAGUAUAUUUAGGAAUGGCACUCUCAACUCUCAUAUAUGACCGGAUGUUGUAUCGCUUUGUGACAAUGUUUCGAGGGGCAGCUUCGCUGAUUAUUUACGACCAUGCCUUACACAUCCCGGAUGGUAUACUAGAGGAUCGGUCUGCCACAAUUACUUUAAUGACUACCGACAUUGACCGGAUUAUCAACUGUCUAAUCAUUUUGAACGAAUCGUGGGCGCGGACAAUUGAAGUGGCCAUUGGAAUUGCGUUACUUGCGCUUCGUUUAGGGUGGGUUUGCCUAGUGCCAGUAGCGAUCGUUCUCAUAUCCAGUGGAGGAUGUAUUUAUAUCUCGAAACAUAUAGGAGGUCACCAAAAAGUGUGGGUGGAUGCUGUGCAGCAACGCAUAGCCAUCACCCGUUCAAUGCUGGAAAGUAUCCAAGCAGUCAAGGGAACUGGGUUAGCACAAACUUUUGUUCAACUUGUACAGAGGAAAAGAGCCCAAGAAACCCAUCAAAUGGCCAAUUAUCGAUGGAGUACGGUCUGGAAGAAUAUGAUCCAGAAUCUACCUUGGGCCUUGGCACCGGCUUUGACCUUCGUCGUCUACGCUGCUCAAGGGAAAGAACUGAAUGUUGCCAAAGCAUUCAGUAGUUUGUCUAUCAUAACACUUCUAACUAACCCGGCUUCUAAGCUAUUAAGCGCUAUUCCUUCCAUAGCAGCUGCUACGGGAUCUUUUGAUAGAAUACAAGCAUUUCUUUUAUUGGCAACCCGUCAUCAAGAAAAAUGUGAGACCCUUUUUGGCACGAUGGAAACAGAAUCCAAUGCACCUCUACAAAUCACCGAAUUGCAAAAUAUGACUUCCAAAUGCCCACCGGACACUACUGACCUUCAAACACCUGUCAUCUUCAUGGAACGCCUCACUAUUCGUCCAUCCCCAUCAGCCAAGAUUGUCUUGAGGGAUGUUAAUUUAGAAAUUCCCCUCGGAGCGCUAGUCAUGAUACAGGGACCAGUUGGAUCAGGCAAAUCGACCCUACUUCGAGCUAUACUUGGCCAAGGAGUCUGUGAGACGGGAUCCACGAUAGUGACCAUUAGACAACCAGCCUUCUGUGCACAAACACCGUGGGUGCCGAGUGGCACCAUCCGCGAUGCAAUCUGUGGAGUCUUCUCAGAAGGUUCAAUGGGGGAGCACGCAUUUGAUAAACAGUGGUACGAAGCUGUUCUUCACGCAUGUGCUCUCAAUCCAGACCUAGAUAUGCUUCACGCUGGAGAUGCUACGCGAAUUGGACACGGAUCCGGCCAUCUACUAAGUGGCGGUCAAAUGCAUAGAAUCGCUCUUGCUAGAGCGGUAUACGCUCGCAGGAAGCUUUUGCUGUUUGAUGACAUAUUCAGUGCACUGGAUCGGAAAACCAGGACCACUAUCACAUCCCGUCUUUUGGGAGUUGAUGGGAUACUCAGGAAAGCAAAUUCGACCGUGGUUUUGGUGACACAUGAGAUGGAUCAGCUGUCAUAUGCGGAUCAGAUUUAUGUCCUUUCGGAUGGACUCCUUCGUCGAAAAGAGUCCCACGAUAGGAGUAGUUGUGAAGGAAUGGGAACUGAUGCCGUGGAAGAUGAAGGAUCGAAAGGAUUGCUGACACUGGGGAUAGAGGAUAAAGCCGCCAUGAUCUCCGAGGCGAAUGAGAUCGAUGAUCUCAGAAGGGCAACAGGGGACUCUGCUGUCUAUACCUACUAUCUGCGCUAUGUUGGGUGGGCGAAGGCUAUGAUAUUUGUUUUCUUCGUGACAAUGAAUGUCUUCUCUAGUACAUACAGUCAAAUUUGGCUUGAGCGAUGGGCCGAUCGUGGUGGAGGCCAAAAGGCACUUUAUGUCACGGUUUAUUUCCUCCUCGCCAUAGGCAACACAGUCGGAAAUGGUGGCUAUGUUUGGGCUAUACUUGUUCUGAUCUCGCCCUCUACAGCGCGCCGUCUCCAUUAUGUCGUACUAAAGACUGUCAUGAUGGCAACGCCUCAAUUCCUAGUCACCACCAACAUCGGAUCAAUACUAAAUCGGUUUAGCCAGGAUAUGACCCUUAUAGAAAGCGAUUUGCCCGUUGGCAUCUUAAUAACAGUCUCAAAUCUCUUUUCUUCAAUUGCGAAUGCUGCAUUAAUUGCAACCGGAUCAAAGUACAUGGCAAUAUCUGUGCCUUUCCUGCUUAUCUCCCUCUUUGUUUUACAGCAUUUCUAUCUGAAAACAUCGCGACAACUCCGUUUACUGGAUCUAGAAAGCCGAAGUCCAUUGUACUCCCAUAUUCUUGACACUAUCGAGGGUCUCGCUACAAUCCAGGCAUUUGGCUGGGAAGCAGAUUUUCGAGUCGCCAAUUCAAAAUUUCUGGAUGCUACCCAGCGCACGUAUUAUAUGCUUAAUUGCAUUCAGCGCUGGCUCACUUUGGUCUUGAAUCUCAUCGUCGCUGCCGAAGCGGUCAUUGUCGUCAGUUUAGCUGUGUCUUUAAGACAUACAACGAGUGUCGGAUUGCUUGGAGUAUCGCUUAAUAGCAUUCUCGCCUUCAAUGGUAGCCUUUCGUCUCUCAUAUUGGGUUGGACACAACUGGAGAUAUCCCUUGGUUCCAUUUUUCGAGUCAAAGAUUUUGAACGUACAGUACCACGUGAAAGUUCAACUGAGCAGGGAGAAGAAGUUCCCAUCGACUGGCCAAGUCAGGGGGCUAUUAAUAUCUCGGAAAUUACUGCACAAUACAAUUCCGAAGCAGCGAUACUAAGCAAUGUUUCACUGAAAUGUUUGCCAGGUCAGAAAAUCGGUAUCUACGGACGUACUGGGAGUGGAAAGAGUUCUUUACUAUCUACGUUGUUAGGCAUGCUCACUGUGACCCACGGGUCAAUUGUUAUCGACGAUAUUGACCUCGCUACUCUCUCCCCGGACACAGUCCGCGAAAGGCUUGUCACCAUCUCCCAGGCACCAUUCAUCAUGGUUGGCUGUACAAUCAGAUUCAAUCUAGAUCCUACCGAAACCCUACCCGACGUAGACAUCAUUGCAGCUCUCGACCGAGCUGGAAUAUGGGAUGGUGUGCUACUCGAAAGAGGCGGGCUAGAUGCCGAGAUAAACGACACUCUAUCGCUCUCUCGCGGAGAGCAACAACUGCUACAAAUUGCACGUGCGAUGCUUAAAAUAAAAGCAAGUAACGCCAGGAUCUUAUUGAUUGAUGAAGGUACGAGUAGCGUCGACAUGAAAACCGACGCCGGUGUGCAGGACCUUCUACAGCAGGAUCCCUUUCGUGCAUGUACUGUCCUUACGGUUGCACAUCGUGUCCACACUCUUUUGAGCCAUGAUCUAGUUUUCGGUCUAGAUCGGGGAAAGGUAGUGGAGAUGGAUAGACCUGGAGUUCUGGCUAGUCGGAAAGAUAGCAUCUUUAGCACGCUUCUUAAUAGUGGCGGAUAUUAG